AUGCCUUGCUUGCGAGGGAUCGAACUGUCUCUCGUUAUUCAGCCAGACUCGGUGCUGCUACCUGAAUUUCCACACCCCGAUGCUUCCUCAGUUCACGUUGCAUCUGUAGCCGAAGCAGCUCGCAUGGUUCAAGAAAUUGAUGAGAUGCCUCCUGGCUUGGAGUCGCCUCGAAUCCAAAAGACGGCUCCAAGGGCCUCUGUCUAUAUCCCUUCUGCGCCUGGAUCACAGUUCUGGGUGCAGUAUUCCAUUCAUCGCCACCCGGAGCCUCCGUGUUACCUUUUCUUCAAACUGCUCAUAAAUGGCCGUAACAUUACGAGCUGUGGGAUUAAACCUGGUACAACGUCAGGCACAAUCACACGGGCCCUCUUUGAGCCAAGUGACAGAUGGUGCUUGAAGCAAGACGGAAUGCUGCUCAAACGAAGUGGGAUUGAAUCGCGGUCCUUUUGUUUCUCCCCUGGCCCCGAUGCAAUUGCUGCAGCCGAUGACGGUGGCCUAAUCGAAGUUCAAGUCUUUCGAGCAAAAAGCCGCCGGAGAAGUACUCCUCGAUUGACUGUUCACCGGGAUCAAGAACGAUAUGGGAUAAUAUCACCCUCAACGGGACUCCUUGAUCAUCCUGAAGAUGCAGUUUACUACGAGUGGGUUUUACAGGAUUCAACAGAAGCACCAUUUGCGACUUUUUGUUUUCAUUAUCGUGCUUGGGCUUAUCUGUUGGAUCUCAAUCUCGUAACAGAUAAUUACAACUCUCUGCUAUAUAACACCAGACUUUGGGAGGGGCAUGGAAGCAGCCAACAUAAAGCCACUACGCAUGGUAUGUUGGAGGUUCAAUCAACGACUUCACACGUGGGAUUGGAUUUGGAAUAUUACAGCAAAGACCAUGAUGUAAAAGUUACUGUAUCACCUCCCGGCAGCGAUCUUAACCAUUCACAAGACGUUGUUCAACCAGAUGUGGAGCAAAAUCCGUUGGAAGUACGAAACGGUCUGUUCUCACGCCGCAGGGAAAUUGCCACAUCACCAAAGACAUCAUUUGAGGAACCAUCAGACUCAUACACCCGCUUGAGCACGCUGUUGCUUCUCCCACCACUCAUGGAGGAAGACAUAUUCGCCAGUUCCUGUGAACCACUUGAGCACGAAACAAUAACGACGUCUCAAUACCGCUUCUUGUCCCGAGAAAGUCGCUGCUCGCGCUUCCGUCGGCCUCUCCCUACAGUGAAUGAGAUCCCAAGGCUAGAAUGA